AUGUCUGACGCUAUCAUCUCUUACGCUGCUUUCAUCUUAGCUGAUGCUGGUUUAGAUAUCACCAGUGAAAACUUAUUGACUGUCACCAAGGCUGCUGGUGCCAACGUUGACAACGUCUGGGCUGAUGUUUACGCUAAGGCUUUCGAAGGUAAGGAUUUGAAAGAAAUCUUAUCCGGUUUCCACACUGCUGGUCCAGCUGCUGGUUCUGCCGCUGCUGCCGGUGGUGAAGCUGCUUCCGGUGACGCUGCUGCCGCUGAAGAAGAAGCUGAAGAAGAAGCUGAAGAAUCCGACGAUGAAAUGGGUUUCGGUUUAUUCGAUUAA